AUGACGAUGGAAGCAAAUGUUCGUCUAUUGGGAUCAGCAGAGUUCGGAGCUACAGCUGUAAUUGGAGAUGACUCGUCGUCCCAUAUUGCAACAUGUGGCUUUUCGACAGCAUCAUCAGCUGCGCAUAUGUUGGGAGGAUUUUCAAAACUUACGUCAUUGAACCAUCCCCACCUCUGCAAAUAUGUCGAGUUUGUUCGAUCAGCAAUCCUUGGAAAUACAGGUUUCUUGAUUUCGGAGCAUUAUUCACGGUCAGCCGUCGAAGAAUUGAAGGAAUGUAAAAGGUUGGAUGUGGCACGAAUCGUAUCUUUAUCACAACCGAUCUUGUCAGCUUUCACUUAUUUGCAUUCUCGACAUAUCAUUAUUGGCUAUUUCAGUUUAAAUUCAGUCCUUCUCUCAUCUCAGAAUUUAGUUCGGUUAGCCCAGUAUGGUUUGCACUGUAUCAGUGGCAGUAGAAGGGUUUUAGAGUAUUGUAUUUACUCUUCUUGGUAUCUUCCGCCGGAACGUUUCUUGCAAGCCGAAAUCGAAGACCGUUUCAUUGGUCGAGCUGGAGAUAUCUGGUUAUUUGGGAUAGCCCUUCUUGAGCUUUCAAUCGGUUGUCUUCUCUCUGAAAUUUGGUCUCCGAAGCAGUUUUAUUCUACACUGAUUUCUCUAAUCAAAAGAAAACGGAGUGGCUCGGUUUUUUGGUUGUUGUUGGCUGAAAUUCAACAAAAGAAACCAAAUAUUCUUACUACGUCAGAUGAUACAAUCAUGAUGAUGCUUGAGAAGGCGCUGUGCAUCUUUCCAUCGCAACGACCCACUGCGAAGGAAUUACUGUCUAUAAUCAACGAUGCAACUAAUAGUCACCCAAAAGUAAGCAAGGAUUACAGUGUGUAUGAUGAAAACGAUGAAAGCAGUCUGGGGGAAAGUGUUGAACAUAUGAGAGAGUCGCUAGAAAUUGAAGAAACAGAAGCAAUUCAAAAUUUGCCAAUUAACGAGGCCUUUUUUUAUGGAAGUUAUGUGGAAGCAGCAUUGAGACUAUUCUUAUUAACCAUGACAUUAUUAAAGCAAAUCCACCUGUUCUUGCUUUACCACAUUAAUGGAGAUUGCUUCAUGUAUGGUAAUGCUCAUAUAAGGAAGUAUCGAUUCACUUCCGAUAUUUUUAUUCUUCCAUCAAAUAAUUUUCGCUACCGGAUGAAGUCCCUUGACAGAAACAAAUUUCUCAUGUCAUUUGAAAUGGAAGAAAAGACGCGGGAGUCCUAUGGUUUAUCUUUAAUCGUGAAGGAAAAAGACAUUGAAUACCAGGGUCGGCGGAUGCUUAUUCUUCGUCGUUUACUUUCAAGCUAUCCCUUCAAAAAGCCACUUUUAUUUUGCGAAUGUUGCCAUGACAUUCCUCCUCUUUAUAGAGCUAAUCUGUGGAGUGCACUAUUGAAUAUAUAUUGGGAUGUUGAAAAACGUUUUAUAGCAAUUGAUACAUUCUCACCCCAUGCUUCUGACCGCCAAUUAUUAGUCGAUAUUCCUCGGUGUCACCAGUAUGACGAUUUGAUGGCUUCAUCUACUGCGCAUCGCAAGCUGAAACGUCUUUUGAAGGCAUGGCUCCUUUCACAUGAAAAUUAUGUUUAUUGGCAAGGUUUGGACUCUCUAGCAGCACCAUUUCUUGUUCUCAACUUCACUCAUUUGGCUAGUGCGUAUUCCUGUUUGGAAUCGUUCAUCAGCCUGUAUUUGCAUGAUUUUUUCCUGCGAGACAACUCAUCUGUUGUACAGGAAUAUUUGGCAGUUUUUUUUCAUCUUUUGGCAUUCAUGGAUGCUGCGUUAUAUACACAUCUUUCCGCUAUGGAUUUCCGUCCUGAGUUAUUCGCUAUUCCAUGGUUUCUGACCUGUUUCGCCCAUGUAUUACCUCUUCACAAAUUAUUCUAUAUUUGGGAUGUCUUAUUAUUAUCGGAUUCAUCUUUUCCAUUAUUUGUCGGACUUGCAAUUAUGGAACAGUUACGGGCUGAACUUAUUACUGCACAUUUCAACGAUGCAAUUCUACUUUUUUCAGACCUUCCAGAUCUUAACAUGGAACGUUUGGUGCAGUGUUCACUGAAUUACUACAAUAAUGUGCCAGCAUCAUGCACCUUCAGACAAUAUGCAUCCAAACAUAUACGAGAGGAGUAUGCAAUGACGCAUUAUACUAUAACUGAGUUGGACGAAUUUUGUUGUCCACGAAUAUCAGCUACUGAUGUUAUUCGUCUCACUGAACAUUCUUUACUACUUGUUGUCGAUGUCCGUCCUCAGUACGAGUAUUCUCGCGGUGCCAUUGUGGGCAGUGUAAAUUUGCCUCCGUAUGGUGAGGAGGAUACGUUGGAUACCAUUAAAACAGCAUUAAUAAAUGCACAGUCUGCAGAACAUGUCGUCGUUAUCGUUGAUAACGAACAUUUACGGAGGGCUAAAAAGAUAUCAAAGUUAUGCGUGCUGGAAGGAUACAAUCGCGUGUGUGUUUUGGAUGGUGGUGUUCAGAAAGUUCGCUCUAUGCACGAUAUCUUUUGCAUACCUGCUUGA